UUUCUAAAUAUAGCUCCUUGUGUCACAUGAAGACUAUAUAAUAAGACCCCCCCACUAGUUUCAUUAAACAGACUUCAGAAGUCAACACAUACAAAAGCUACUCUAGUACACUACAGUAAGUUACUUUUAGAGCAAUAUGGACACAAAGUUUACUGAAGCUUUUACAACUACAACAAAUUUUGGUGCUACAACAAAUGUUGGUGCUACAACAAAUCCACCAUCAGCAGUGCCUCCACCUUACACAGAUGCUCCACCAGAGUAUUCUGAAUAUGUACGAGAGAGCUACAUCCAUGCCACCUACAUGCCACCACCAGCACAAAGUGACCUUAAUUUGAACGCAGCUAGUGGGCAUCAAGCCAGUGCUGCCAUCUAUCAUGAACAGCAACAGCCCAGCUAUCCUCAGCAGCAAACAGCCGCCUUUGGGUUCCAACGGCAAACAGCUGUCUAUGGAAUACCACAGCAGAUAACUGCACUUGCACCACAGCCCCCGGUUGUGUACGGACUUCAAACACACACUGUACAAGCAUUGCCCAACAGAUACUCCUCACACAUAACUGUGGAAACACAGCAGCCAGGCACCACUGUGGUCAUGUCCAACACUGCACCAGUCACACAGAUUUCAGAAACCAAGAGCAUUGGACGUAGGAAAACCUUGACCCACGUCACUGACCUUAACACAGGAAAAGAGUACAACAUUGUGAAGAAAGAGAGCCGGACUGGCAGGCGGAGUAAAGAAAUUAUACGAGAAGUUGGCGGGCCGACUACCAUCAUAAAACAAACUCCCUUCAGAACCAUUGUGAAGCAGAGAUAAAAAGAUUAAACACAAAGAAUCAUUAUAAUAAAAAUCUGUUUUCUUGUCUUGAUAUUACUAGAAUUAUUUUUAUUGAAAACUAUGUGCCAGGCUUGCUGCCAGGGAAGGGCAAACAGGACUCUUAGCCUGGAGCCCUAACAGAAAGGUGCAGCUUUUUUUUUUGCAUCUUGGAGCAAGGCAGAUAGGCCAACACAGUUGUCUGGGGACAAAAUAUUUCUAGCGGAGGGCUUGUACAUGUUCCAUUUGAUAAUAUAUACUUGUUUCCACUUUCAUGCAAAAUGUGAAGUCAACUCUGUAAAACUUUGUGUUACAUGGGUUAUUCCCCCUUAUUGUUAGUCAUUAUCAUUAACUAUUAACUGUCAUACAAAAUCCUGAUAACUUGUUAAGUUUUGAUAUGUUAGAACUAGUGCCAGAACUGAUAGGUAAUUCAAGGAGUCAUUGACCUAUAUUACAGCAUUAUAGUCAAUUAAUGACUGACCUAUACUACAGCAUUAUAGUCAAUUAAUGACUGACCUAUACUACAGCAUUAUAGUCAAUUACUGACUGACCUAUACUACAGCAUUAUAGUCAAUUACUGACUGACCUACUACAACAUUAUAGGCAAAUACUGACUACAGAAGUGGAUACCAAUAUCUGUCUAAAGAUCUAAAAAACUAGAUAACAAAAAAAAACAAAACAAAUACAAAUGAUUAACAUAAGCAAAUGUUUAUACCCAUAAAUAAUUGCUUGCAUUCAAAUAAACAUUAGAAAUAAAAGAAUAUAUUGUAGUUAACAGCCAAUUGUCUAGCUAUUCAUUCCACCCAUUUCUUACUAAUAAUAUUAUUAUUUAUGUUUUUUCACCUUUAGUUAUGAAAGAAACAUUUUCAUAGUUUAUAUAUUGGAAUAAAAAUUUUCUCAGAGGCUGUUGAA